AUGUCUCCUCCCCGUCGUCGUCAGCGGAGGAUUUCUCAAAUUUCAGAUGAAUCGUGGAUGGAGAUCCUCUCUUAUCUUCCGGCAAAACAUCUUAUGCGAUUCAAGUCGGUGUGUCGUAAAUGGCGUUCAAUCAUUGUGGAUCCAGGUUCCGUCCGAUUACACAGUCAGCGUGGUGCUGGUAAAGGGGUUCUAGUAUGCGGCACCUAUCAGAGUCCAAGAACAAUAAUGGAUUUUUAUCACAUCAGCCUCGACGGCCAGCGAAUCUCUCAUCACGAAGCCGUUUUUCCGUGCUCCAACGAUGAUGAUAAGCUUGUGGGAUGCACCAACCAGGUGAACGGAUUGGUAAGUUUUUUCUGCGGCAACGUUUCCUACUUGUAUAAUCUGGCCAACAGAGAAAUCCUGCGACUCCCUGAUGCGGAUAAUGAUCGUGACACUUGGGCUUACCAUCUUGGUUUCGAUCCUGUUAACAAACUCUACAAAUUGUUGAGGUGCGAAUUCGCGGAUAUAACUCCAAUCUGUCCUCCUCGUCCUAUAUAUUAUCCUGAAGAUGGGGAUGAAGGGUUAGUUUUCUCCACCGGCUAUGGAGAGGGAGGACCCUACGAAGGAGAAACCUACGUACGCUCAAGCUGCGAGAUUCUUACGUUUGGACAAGGGGCCGAUUCGCCGGAAUUAAGGUGGAGAGUUAUUGAUUCUUCUCCACCGACACCAACUCGCUCUCUGUUACCACGGAUUGUUUGUUACGAUGGGGUUUUAUACUGGAAGUGGGACAACAACACGCAUCUCCAUGCUUUUGAUCUUUCUACAGAGACGUUUUUUGAUAUCCACAUUCCAGCGUCUGGAGAAGUAGUUAAUUGUAUUCCGGAGUUAUUGCGUUUCGGACCUUGUCUGUCUCUUUCGACUUCUUCAUGUAAUCGGGAUGGAAAACUGUAUUGGAAAAUCAUCUCCCUUUAUUAUAAAAAAGAUGGUAACCAUGGCGACAGAGUACUCGACCUAUUAGAGCCUUCAGCUGAGCUGAGGUUUGAAGCUCCCUUGAAUGAGGCCCGACAGAUGUCCCGACAGAUGUAUGGGUAUUGUUCCAGCUGA